CAUGGGCGUUGACCGACCGCAAAAUAAAAACAAACGCCCGAGGACGCAAUUAAAUUAUUAAACAAAUUGAAAAUGUGACCCGCGUUCGUCUGCACACGUAUCCUCACUCAUCGUAGCUCUUAGCCACAUUGUAUCGCAUCGUUACCAUUAAUCCAACGCUCAAUGAAAACGCAACCAAUUCAACACACAAACCAAGUUGUAGCGUGCAGUAGUCAUGCCUUCCCUGCGCAAACGCGUCUCGAGUUACCUGCGGCAAUUGAGCUUCCACAAUGAGCCACGUGAUAAGCACAUCAACUUCAUUGAGAAUACAUUCAUCAUUAAAUAUUUACAAGGUGAAAUUGUUGUGAAAGAAGGACCGCCUAUUCAUAAUGGUAAAGUACCAACUGAUUUACCAUCUUUUGAGCUUGGAGUUUACAAAACUGGACCAGAAACAAUUGUGGGAUGUUUUUCCGGACCUGAUGGAGGACUCACAGCCGUGAAACGAAAGGAGAAACAUUUGUCUCUAGGCGAAAACGACAUCGAUUUUAUUGAUACUCAGGAUGAACAAACAGAGGUGGCGGUAAUAACACAAGAAACCCCCCCGCCCAAAGAAACGCCCCCGCGCCACCUGGACAACUCCACAAUGGUAAUCAAAAUGGCCGGCCAGGAAUACUUCGUCACCAAUCGGCGUAAAUCGCACAGCAAAUCACACUCGCUCGGCAGCCUCAAAGACUUCGACAUUGAAGUGGACAAAACCAAGCGUCUACUGCGCACCUCCAACAAUAACAACAACAACAAUAACCACGCAUGCGUAUCGGACAAGAAUACCACAGCGGACUCUGCCGGCGGGGCCUGUGAUAAGAAUAGGAGCGGCGCGAGCGCGCCAUGUGAUAAUAAUUUAAAUAAUUUAAGUGCGGACGAUCACGACGAUGCGAACAGCAAUUCUAGUCAUAAGGAGGCUUCGACGCGCGGCGCAUUACAUAGGAAACUCACGGAGAAGCAGGGUACGCAUGCGCACAGUCUGGCGAAGUCACAGAGCGCGGGGAAUCCCUUCCGGCAUGGGACGGAGAUGCGCGAGGGGCGCAUUAGGCAACUGGCGGAACGACCCGGCAGUGAAAACGUAACAACUAGUCAAUCAAUACGCUCCAGAAGUCACGCAAACCUCCCACCUGAAUGGAAUCGCCAAUCGGACUUUGUCUACGGCAUUUCCGAUUCAUUAUACGAUAAAAAUCUCAGCACUAAAGUGAAGAAUGGUAACCCAAUCGCUGAUUGUUUCGGGAUUAUCACACGUAAUGAUUCAGCGAUUCUUGCGGUUGCUGAUGGUGUCAACUGGGGAGAAAAAGCAGCGAUAGCAGCUAAAUCAGCCGUCCAUGGCUGCCUACACUACCUAAACAAAACCAUUUUCCUCGAUACACGUCCCUUUGAUAACCUUAUCAACAAAACCAGCGAGUCUGGCGAGUCUAAAGAAACACCCAUCCAUGAAUUCCGCACGUCCAGCUCUAAGGAUAUCUUUGUCUGCCUUCUGCGUGCAUUCAACUGUGCGCAUGACUUAAUUUUAGAAAACAAUGGUAUGUUGACUACGCUUACGGUCGCCAUUGUUCUACCAUUGAAAGAUCCUGGUAAACAUGGCGCAUCACAUGUUGUUUGUGUUUGUAACGUCGGGGAUAGUCUAGCGUAUGUUUAUUCACAGAGUCAUGGAAUUAGAGAGUUAACAAAAGGAUCACAUGAUAUAACGCUGAAUCGUGACAUGCGUGAUGCUCUCGGUGCUCUAGGCCCCGUCGACGGAAUAAAACCAGAAUUAAGUAACCUCACGCUGAGUGUAACAACGCUUCAAACCGGUGAUAUUGUAAUGGUUGCCUCGGAUGGUCUCACCGAUAAUUUCGACCCGACUGUUUGUAAAUUCGCAGUCAAUUCAGAAGUAGCAUCCAAACGUAAACCAAGCGGUAGUGGUACGACUGCACCAACCGGAAGUAGCACCACCACUGCAUCCACAUCAGGUACUUCAUCUACAGGCGCGACAAUUCCUCAGAAACCACCGCGUAAAAACAGUAAAAGACAGGGUACACCACCAAAUAUCAACACUGCUUCAACCCUAACCACAAAAACACUUCCUUUAACAAAACCCAAAACCAAACCCAAACAUGAAGAAGUUGAUAAUCCAUUGGUAGCACAAUUUCUCAAAGACAAUCCGAUCCAGAAGUCUUCAUCGUCAUCGAACGCAGGGAUUCCUCCGGCUAAUAAAACUCUCACUCAAAGUCAAAGUCAAACUCAAGGACAGAAAGGUUUUGCUCUUUUACGAUCAAAAACAGCGCUGGAUUUUCGCUCGUCCAGUCAUAAAUUAAUCCCGCGGAAUCCCGACGGUUUACCUUAUAUAACCCCCGUGCAAAAGUACGAAAUCACACUGCUUAUGAUCGAAGAUAUUCUGAAGAAGGGCAUUUCCGGUAAGGAGCAUUGCACAGUCACUGCUAAGAAACUCUGCGAGAAUUUACUCAGUUUUACUAUGAGUAUCACUGCAGCAAAGAGACGCACGCUUGAAGAUAACGAUUUAUACUUUAAUAAUCAGAAUGGCGUCUUGGUGGAGGCUUCGAAUCAAGAGAAAAAGAUGCGUAGGAAACGAGCGUUGGAAAAAGUACAGAAUCUUCCUGGGAAGCUGGAUCAUGUCACUGUUGUCGCUUGCAAUGUGGGAAAUCGGUGUUAUUCAAAUGUUUAAAUGUAAGAUUACAUCACAGAUCACAUGACAUCACAUUGAUAACAAUUUGUAACAAUCUUUACAUGAUUCGAAUUAUUUACGUAAUUAUAAGCGAAAAGAAAGAUAUUUAUGCAGUUAUAUAAUAAUAGACACGCGUCGAAAAGUCUAAAUUUUGUAAACUCAGUAAAUUAUUAUAUAGCGUACGCAGACAAAGAGCUUUAAAUAACAAUACAAUAGAAGACAGAAUAUAAACUAUACACUAUACACUUGCUACAAUUUUAACUGAUGUAAUACUUAAAGAAACAAAAGCUGAAUUCAUGUUUUAAGUGAUUAUUUUUGUUUCUUGAUUGUUUUAUGUGUUUUUUUUUUGUAUGUUGUUGAUGUUUUCGAGUGCCAAUUUUGUUCGUAUACGAAAAUUGAAUAAUUGAAUGUCUAAUUGAAUCAUUUCAGUACAAAACAAUCAGUUUUUGAAACUUGUGACUUCCAUUUUGUGUUUUGUUGUGAUGAGAUACUGAGUAUAAGAAUAAAAAUAUGAAAUGAGAACGAAAA